AUGACAGGAGUGCACACUACUGGCUGCAAAAUUAUCCAUGGAUGGAGGCACGGACCUACAUCAUACAUAUCAACGUGGAUCCCAAUCAACAAAAGAUAUCCCCUCACAAAGAACAUUAUGUCUGACAGAAUCCAGGAGCUCGCCGGAGAACUCAAGCUGAGCCUCAAAAAGUUCCCCAACUUCCCCUCGGAAGGCAUUCUUUUCGAGGAUUUCUUGCCCAUUUUCGCCAACCCAGACUUGUUUGCCAAACUCCUCGAGGCCUUCAAAUUGCACUUGAAGGAUGUCAAGGUCGACUACAUUGUUGGUUUGGAGAGCCGUGGGUUCCUUUUCGGCCCAGCCUUGGCCUUGCAAUUGAACGCCGGGUUCAUUCCUGUCAGAAAGCCAGGAAAAUUGCCAGGUCCAACUCUCUCUGCGUCGUUCCAAAAGGAGUAUGGAAGCGAUGUUUUUGAGAUCCAGGAGGGAGUCAUUCCUGAAGGCUCCACUGUGAUCAUUGUCGAUGAUAUCUUGGCUACUGGUGGUAGUGCUAGUGCUGCAGGUGAGCUCGUGACCAAGGCUGGCGGUAAGAUCUUGGAGUAUCUCUUUGUGAUGGAGUUGGACUUCUUGAAGGGCCGUGAUAAGUUGAGUGCUCCUGUGUUCACCUUGUUGAGUGGUCAACCAGAGAAGUUGAAGUAG